AUGACCAACGCAGUCGCCGCCGCCAACAACUCGGUCUUCACCUCGACGAACGACGUCCCCCUCCAGGUCGGCGCUCCUGGUGCGCGCCGCCUCCGUGUCGCUGUCCUCGGAUGUGGUCGUAUGGGCCAGCGCCACGCAUACAACAUCUACCACCUUACCCCUCGCGCCGAGCUCGUUGCCAUUGCCGACCCGUCGCCCAUGGCAGAGCAGUGGGUCAAGGAGAACCUUAGCUCAGUGAACUACUACAAGACCACCGACGAGGUCUUUGCCAUUCCCGACCUCGACGCGGUCGUGAUUGCCACCAUCACUUCGACUCACGCCCCCCUCACCCUGCAGGCCAUUGACCGCGGUCUGCACGUCCUCCUGGAGAAGCCCAUCACCAUUGACUACGAGAGCUCCGUCCCGGUCGUCGAGGCCGCUGAGGCCCACCCGGAGCUCAAGGUUAUGAUUGGCUUUGUCCGUCGCUUCGACAAGGCGCUGCUGGAGCUGUACAACCACGUUCAGGCGGAGCGUGCAGGUACACCAUACGUCCUCAAGAGUGUGUCGCAGGACGUGUACGACUCGACUGGCUACUUUGUGCAGUACGCACGCGGCAACGGCGGCAUCUUUAUGGACUGUGGCAUUCACGACAUUGACAUGUCGCGCUGGCUCCUCAACACCCAGUCGGCGGGCCGUCAGGAAGUCAAGCGCGUGAUUGCCUCGGGCCUGAUUGCCGCCCACCCGGAGCUGGAGGAAAUGGACGACUGCGACAACGCAUUCUGCAUUAUUGAAUACGCCAAUGGCACCAGCGCCACCCUCCACCUCUCGCGUACCGGUAUGGCGGGUUACAACUCGAGCGUUGAGCUCAUGGGUAUGAAGCAAAACUGCACCGUCUCCACCCCUCCCAGCUCGCGCAUCAAGGUUGCCGACUUUGACGGACACCACAACCCGACUCCCGCCACCUACCUUGACCGCUAUGGAGAGGCGUUCAUCAGCGAAAUGAACGAGUUUGCCGCCAUCUGUCUCGAUGACAAGGCCGUUCCUACUACUGCGUAUGACGCCCUGCAGGCCGCCAAGAUCGCCAAGGCCCUCACCGUUUCUUUCCUCACUGGCAGCCCUGUGUCGUUUAACAAGGCUGGCGAGCCCAUCAUCGACAAGGCUGUCUAA